UACACACGCUCUACUCUUCAAGCUAGCUUUUUCCUCAUCUCUUAAAAAGAAUAACUCCGUCAAAAUGGAGUUGGCUUCAUCCUUAACGUCCAUAAUUAUAGCCGUACUCUUCCUCAUCCUCUUCUCACCGGAAUGCGCCACGUCAUCAUCACCGGCGGGCAACUUCACACCGUCGUCGGAAUUCAUGUCGAAUGUGAGAUCCACCAUUGAUGAAGUUCAGAACCUUAUCUCUCUCCUGUCUCCCUUCGUCUCCACCGUAGGUGGCGGCGAUCUCCGCCUCUCCUCCGCCGUCUCCGACUGUCUUGACCUCCUAGAUCUCUCCUCCGACCAGCUCUCCCUCUCGCUGUCCCCUUCCGGUGGCACCGGAAACAGUGUCUCAGAUCUCCGGGCAUGGCUCUCGGCGGCGUUAGGGAAUCAAGACACAUGCCAUGAGAGCCUCUCCGGCACCGACGGCAUUGUGGCCACUCUCAUCUUCACCGGCUUAGACACCGUCACCUCCCUAGUCGCCUCCAGCCUAGAAGAGAUCUCCUCCUCCUCCACCAUCGCCGGACGGCGAAAGCUUCUCCGGCCGAACACAACCUCCUUUCCAGCCUGGCUCAAAGCCGGAGACCGCCGGAUCCUGCAAGCAGCCUCGCCGAAGCCGGACGUCGUUGUGGCGCAAGAUGGAAGCGGGAACUACACAACGGUGACGGAGGCGGUGGAGGCGGCGCCGUCGGAGAGCUGGAAAAGAUACGUGAUAUACGUGAAGAAAGGGGUUUACAGGGAAAACGUAGAGAUUAAGAAGAAGAAGUGGAACUUGAUGAUGAUCGGCGACGGAGUUGGCCUCACUCUCAUCUCCGGCAACCGGAGCUUCGUCGACGGCUGGACCACCUUCCGCUCCGCCACCUUCGCGGUGGCUGGCAAGGGAUUUAUAGCCAGAGACUUGAGCAUUGAGAACACCGCUGGGCCGGAAAAGCAUCAAGCAGUGGCUCUCCGAUCAGACUCUGACUUGUCAGUGUACUAUCACUGCAGCAUUCAUGGAUACCAAGACACUCUUUACGCUCACUCACUCCGGCAGUUCUACCGUGAAUGUUUGAUCACUGGAACAGUUGAUGCCAUCUUCGGCAACGCGGCGGCGGUGUUCCAAAACUGUCAGAUUCUGGCACGCCGUCCUCUUUCUAACCAGAAGAACUCACUCACAGCACAAGGCCGGAAAGACCCAAACCAAAACACAGGCUUUUCAUUUCAGUUUUGUAAUGUUUCAUCCACUAGUGAUUUGAUAGCUAAUGAGACCUUCACUUAUCUUGGCCGGCCAUGGAAGGAGUAUUCAAGGACAGUGUUCAUGCAGUCUUAUUUGGGGAAUGCCAUUAGGCCUGAGGGAUGGUUGGCAUGGCAAGGGGAGUAUGCAUUGGAUACAUUGUACUAUGGUGAGUACAUGAACUUUGGUCCAGGAUCAGGAUUGGGGAACAGAGUCAAGUGGUCCGGAUAUCAUGCCAUCACUGACUUGGCACAGGCUAUAAACUUCACUGUUUCUCAGUUCAUUGAUGGCAACCUUUGGCUUCCUUCUACUGGGGUUAAAUACACUGCUGGGCUGACAUUUUAAAUUAUUAUUUUUGUACCAUCUUCUUGUAUUUCAAUAGAUCUAUUUCCUUUUUUUUUUCUUGAAA